CGCGUCGUCGCGUCGCACGCCGAAACGUCAAAAUGUCCAAGAAAGUCGCCAUCGUGUGCACCUCCGCGUCUGAGUUCCAAGGCCACCCCACCGGGGCGUGGCUCGAGGAGAUCGCGACGCCGUACUACGCGUUCAAGGCUGCCGGUCUCGACGUGACGAUCGUCUCCAUCGCGGGCGGGAAGGUCCCGAUCGACGCCGCGUCGACGCAGGGCGACUUCAACACCCCCGACUGCGUCAAGUUCACCUCGGACGCGGACGCGGUGAAAGCGCUCGAGAGCUCCGUCGCGCUCGCCGCGUACGACUUCGACGCGUGCGCGGGCGUGUACCUCGCCGGCGGGCACGGCACGUGCGUCGACUUUUACAACGCGCCCGACGCGCCGCUGCAGCGGUGCCUCAACAAGGUCUACGCGGACGGGAAGCCCCUCGCGGCGGACUGCCACGGCCCGAUCGCGCUCCUCAACUGCGUGAAGCCGGACGGAUCCGCGCUCGUGGCGGACAAGGCUGUCACCGGCUUCAGCGACGCGGAGGAAGCCGCCGUCGGAUUCACGGAGAAGUGCGAGACGCACUCGGCGUUGCUCGAGAAGACGAUGCGCGCUCUGGGUGGGAAGUACGCCGCCGCCGCGGACUGGAACCCGAACGUGUGCGUGGACGGGAACCUCAUCACGGGGCAGAACCCGGCGUCGAGCGCGAAGUGCGCGGAGGCGUUCGUCGAAGCGUUGGCCGCGUGAGCGCGUGAUGACUAUUACCUGUAUGUAUUUUCAGUUCGCGACGCGUGC